AUCCAUUUUCUUGAAUACCUGUUCAUAUGUUCAAUAUUAGUUGUUAGUGUAACUUCUGUUGUUUCUAGUUUGCAGUUGACAAUACUAGCUUUUGCAUGAUUCACAUAAUCAAGGAACUCGAGGGUUGAGGAAGAACUCCAACUUAAUUCUAUAUUUUAAAUAUCGAAUCACAAAUUACAAUCAAGUGCAUAUUGAGGCUGGUUAUAAGAAGCCAACACAUAGCAUUCUUCUCAUUUACAAACCACAAGGAGUUCUGGAAUGUCUUGGCUUUCGAUAUUCCUCAUUCUGAGUUUGGCUUUAAGUAGUCAACUUUCCGGAGCCAGGAGUGUUACAGUCAAGAGACGGCGCUCAUUUGUGCUUGUUGUGGGCACUGUCUACUGUGAUACAUGUCUCCAGGGAAAAUUCUCCCACGCUAGUCACUUCAUUCCAGGCGCAUCAGUGGCUGUGGAAUGCGAUGCAACUGACUCAAAACCAAGCAUUUACAAGGAAGUGAGGACAAACAAGCAUGGAGAUUUCAGAGUAGAGCUACCCUUCUCAGUUGGAAAGCAUGUCAAGAAAAUCCUAGGAUGUUCUGUGAAAUUGAUCAAAAGCAGCCAUCCUUACUGUGCUGUGGCAGCAACCACAACUUCAUCUUCCUUCCAUCUCAAGUCAACAAGUCCAAGAACUCAAAUUUUCUCAGCAGGGGCUUUCACAUUCAAACCUGUAGCUCAGCCAGAACUAUGUAAACAAAAAUCAGAUGUUCAAAGCUCGAAUAACCUCAAUUCUGCUGAGACUUCCAAUUCUGGUCCUACAUUCCCAAACUCAUUUUUAGAUCCACAAACACCUGAAUUUCCUCCAGUAGAUGAUAUCGGCCAGUUUGCACCUACGCCAAAAUUGCCCAGCCUUCCUCCUUUGCCGCAGCUUCCACCUCUGCCAGGUCUUCCUGGCCUUCCAUUUCUUCCGCCUAUUAAUCCAGAACCUAGUGACUCUUCUAAAGGCUCAGAUGAUCAAGUAUCAAAUCAGAAGACCUUUACAUUCCCUCCAAAUCCAUUUCAUCCCCCAAUAAUUUUAAACCCCUAUCUGCAUCCACCUGGUGCCAUCAUUACUUCACCGCCAUCUUCUAUAUUUCCUUUUAUUCCUUCGCCUCCACCACCAGCAUUCUCACUCAUCCCUCCCUUCCCAUUUGAGCCAUUUGGCUUCCCAGGAACUCCACCACCAGUCCUUUCUUCUCUUUCAAAUAAAAUUAGUCCUUGAUGAUUAAUGGUUAAAUAUGUGGCCAUAAUUGAUAAAAGAGUUGCUUUUUCUAUUUAGUUCCCCAGCUCAACUCCAAAUUGUUAUAACAACUAUGUGUAUCAAGAAACUGAAGCAAUUGCAAGAAACAUAUACUGCAUCUUUUGAUAUG